AUGGCGCGGUUUCCUGGCGAUACCGUCUUUAAGGUGGGACGUGACGUGACAAAGAAGCGCGCCUUCCCCUGCAUUGAAAUGUUGACUGGGAAACCGUGGACAUUUCAGCUGGACCUCUUUAAUAUUGCGGGCGUCAUCUACACUAUCGUCUUCAAACGAUACAUGAAGGUCCACUGCUCAAACGGGGUGUGGUUACCAGGGUUCUUGCCACAGUCGACGUGA